AUGUCAAGGCCCUCUGCUCCAGACAUCCACUUCUUCUGCUGUGAGCUCAUAAAUAUGACCGAUGAGAUUCCUGAAAUGCAAGCUUUCACCUCAGCACUUGCAGAAUUACACCUGAAAGGCAUUUCCCCAAAUGGCAAAUACGGAUUUUCUGUGCCUACUUACAAAGGCACGAUACCACAAUACACGGACUGGCACGAAACUUGGGAAGAAUCCUAUUAUCAUUCCAUGAAGUGGUUCAUGUACGCUGAGGAAAAGUCCCAAGGCGUCGAUAAGGAAAUGCAAGAACUUUGCCAGGGAAUUCUUGACAAAGUCAUUCCACGUCUGUUACGACCACUCGAGACUGAGGGUCGCCAGAUACAGCCUCGUCUUAUUCACGGUGAUCUCUGGGCUGGGAAUACGUCCUGGAAUAUUGAUACCAACACGCCGAUCAUUUACGAUUCAGCUGCUCUGUAUGCCCACAACGAACAAAUGGUGGCUUGGAGACCGAUACGACACUUGACUGGAAAACAGUACAUAAAGGCGUAUUUCCAUUAUUUCCCAGUAUCUGCCCCAGAGGAAGACCAAGAUGACCGCAAUAUGCUUUACUAUCUUCGAUGGGACCUCAAAAGCUCUGCCCUAUUUUCUGGCAAUUUGAGGUACCGAAAUAUGGCCAAGGAAACGAUGAAGACUCUGAUUGCGAAGUUCCCCGGCGGCUACGAAGACGCAAACGCAACCACACCACGAGUCUUCAUCGCUCGACAUGGCGAAACAGAAUGGACCAUCAACGGCCGAUCUACCGGCAAGGCUGAAAUACCUCCCACCGCAAACGGCAUUGCUCAAGUUCAAGGCACAGGUGAAGUCCUUGUAGGGGCUGGCAAACUCAUUGACCCUUCCAAACUAACACACGUCUUUACUUCACCUCGCAAACGUGCUGUUGAUACGUUAUCGAUGCUACUCGGACCUUCGCAUAAAGAACGGCUGGAACAGGAGAAGAAGAUCACUACCACAGAGGACAUCGCAGAGUGGGAUUAUGGAAAUUAUGAGGGUUUGAAACCAAAUGAGAUUAGAGAUAGCAGAGCUGAGAAAGGUCGCCCAUGGUCACAUCUUGCGCGCGUUUACGAAAAGAUGGCUUCGCUAUGCUAUGGACUUUCCGUUCCUGAUGAUGAUGGAGCCGGGUGCUGUUGGUAUCAUGAGAUGCACACCACAAUAUCAGGGAGCCUGCUAUUUUGGUUGGACUCUGAGACUGGUGAAGAGGCUAAUACAAUUGUUUAUGCUGUUGCUUCCCAUGAGAUUCUGUGA